AUGGAUUUUUUAAACUCAUCUAACCAAAAUUUAACUUCAGAAGAAUUGCUAAAGGGCAUAUCAUCCAAAAUUCUGGUGUCUCUCACUCUCUCUGGACUGGCCCUGAUGACUACAACUAUCAACUCUCUCGUGAUUGCUGCAAUUAUUGUGACCCGGAAGUUGCACCACCCCGCCAACUAUUUAAUUUGCUCCCUUGCAGUCACAGAUUUUCUUGUCGCUGUCCUGGUGAUGCCUUUCAGCAUUAUUUAUAUUGUGAGAGAAAGUUGGAUUAUGGGGCAAGUGGUCUGUGACAUUUGGCUGAGCGUUGACAUAACAUGUUGCACCUGUUCCAUCUUGCAUCUCUCUGCUAUAGCUUUGGAUCGAUACCGAGCAAUCACAGAUGCUGUUGAGUAUGCCAGGAAAAGGACUCCCAGGCAUGCUGGCAUUAUGAUUACAAUUGUUUGGAUUAUAUCUAUUUUUAUCUCUAUGCCUCCUCUAUUUUGGAGGCACCAAAGAAUUAACCCAGAUGAUGAGUGCAUCAUUAAACACGACCACAUUGUUUCCACAAUUUACUCAACAUUUGGGGCUUUCUACAUCCCAUUAACAUUGAUUCUGAUCCUUUACUACAAAAUAUAUAAAGCAGCAAAGACAUUAUACCACAAGAGGCAGGCAAGUAGAAUAGCUAAGGAGGAGUUGAAUGGCCAAGUUCUUUUGGAGAGUGGUGAGAAAAGCACUAGACUGGUCUCCACGCCAUACUUGUUAGAAAAGUCUUUAUCAGACCCAUCAACAGACUUUGAUAAAAUCCAAAGCACAAUAAAAAAUCCCAGGUCUGAAUUGAAGUAUGAGAAAUCUUGGAGAAGACAAAAAAUCUCAGGCACAAGAGAGCGCAAAGCUGCUACUACUCUAGGACUAAUCUUGGGUGCAUUUGUAAUAUGUUGGCUUCCAUUUUUUGUGAAAGAAUUAGUCGUCAAUAUUUGCGAAAAGUGUAAAAUAUCUGAAGAAAUGUCAAAUUUCUUGACAUGGCUUGGAUAUCUCAAUUCCCUUAUAAAUCCACUGAUAUAUACAAUCUUUAAUGAAGAUUUCAAGAAAGCGUUUCAAAAACUUGUGCGAUGUCGGUGUUAGAUUCCAAGGAAGAUUAUCAUUCUAAGAUUAAGAGAUUUUCUAAGGUGAAGAAUAAAUUAAUGUUAAAUAAUAGAAAAUUUAACCUUAGAGGGAAAUAAAUUGCUAAAAUUAUAACAAUAUGAUUUGAUUCAAAUUUAAUAGGAACAUAAAAGUAAUAUACUAAUUUAAAGAGUUUUGGCUUAAUCAUUCUAGAGUAUACAAAGUUAGGAUAAAAUUUGCUUAGGAUAAUAUUUCAUCUAUACAAUAUUUUGUCUACAAAAUACUUUUGUUCCUAAAUGUCUAACUGGACAUAUGUAUAUAUGUAUAU